AUGGAAGUAAAACAAGAAAUUAGCGAGGCAAUGUGUAAAAUAGAGAUAGAGUCUAAUGAGUUGGAUGAUGCUCUUUUGGGAGGCUUUAAAUGUGAAAUCAAGGAGGAAUCUACUAGGCAAAGUACACAUAACACAUAUGAUUAUUUGGACUUAAAUAAAUGUUCCAUAAAUACGGAAAUAGAGCAACAUGGAAAUAAAUUUAACCCAUUUAAAGAAGAUCAAAAUACUGAAAAAGGAUAUAUCCAAGAUGAACAAAAAAUGGAAAAUAUGGAGACACUAAUUAUUGGAGAUUCAUCUUACGAAGAAAAUUAUAUGAGUCAACACUCUGACGGAAAAACAAUUAAUAAAACGAUGAAAAUUGCGGUGGGACAAAGACCCUAUCAGUGCGAAAUAUGUUUUAAACAGUUUUCUUACAAAUGUAAUUUGCAAACACAUUUGAUAGUACAUUCUGGGAAAAAACCUUACAAAUGUGAAAUUUGUUUUAAGCAGUUUAAUAGUACUGGUAACUUGAAAAAACAUUUGAUAACUCAUACUGGAGAAAAACCUUACAAGUGUAAAAUUUGUUUUAAGCAAUUUACUACAACAAGAUAUUUGAAACAGCAUUUAACAAUACACACUGGAGAAAAUCGUAAUGUGUGUGAAAUUUGUUUUAAGCAAUUUACUCAAGCAUGUAAUUUGAAAACGCAUAUAAGAGUGCACACUGGAGAAAAAUCUUUUAAGUGUGAAAUUUGUUUUAAGCAAUUUAGUCUAGCAGGUAAUUGGAAAAAGCAUAUGAGACUGCACAUUGGAGAAAAAUGUUACAAAUGUGAAUUUUGUUUUAACCCGUUUAACUCUACAAGUAACUUGAAAAAACAUUUGAGAACUCAUACUGGAGAAAAACCUUACCAGUGUGAAAUUUGUUUAAAGCAGUUUAAUACAACAACCCAAGUGAAACAGCAUUUAACAACACACACUGGAGAAAAACGUUAUAAGUGUGAAAUUUGUUUUAAGCAAUUUACUCAAGCAUGUAAUUUGAAAACGCAUAUGAGAGUGCACACUGGAGAAAAAUCUUACAAGUGUGAAAUUUGUUUUAAGCAAUUUAGUCAAGCAAGUCAUUUGACAACACAUUUGAGAGUGCACACUGGAGAAAAAUCUUACCAGUGUGAAAUUUGUUUUAAGCAAUUUUCUAGCAAGAAUAUUUUGAAAGUGCACAGUGAAGAACACCAAGUGUGAUUUGUUUUAAGCAGUUUUCUUUUAAAGUAUUUAAUAUGAAAUUUUAUAAUGAGUUUACACAGUGGAAAAAUGUCUUUUAAAUAAUUUGACACAGCCUAUGAUUUUAAACUACAUAGAAAAAUGAAAACCUUAAAUUUUUUUUGUCAAUUCCUUAAUUCUAGCAGUUUGCAAUUUAAUUCAUUCAUCUUUUUCUUUCUGUGCGACAUUAGGUCCCCCUAAUGUUUGCAAUUAAAUUGAUGAGUUAUUCACAGCCUUCAACUAAUCAGAAUAGUUGUUCAGUAGGGGAGAGGUGGGUACAGUGACACAGAAAAAUUUGAAUUUCUGUCAUCGCUAGACCAUUAAUAGGAUUUUACUUGCAAAUAUCAAUUUGGACGUGUUAUUGUGUUGCAAAUACAUCAUGAAUGACUACAUUGCUAUAAAUUAAGAAAACAAAUAGAUUUAAAAAAAAGUCUGAAACUUUGCAUUGUGUCAGUGUUCCCUGGUAUGAAGGGUACACUGACACAAAGACAUUUUUCAACUGUAAUAUGUAAGUAUUAUUAUUUAGGACUAAUUAAACAAUAAAAACGUAUCUUUAUUAUUGAUCUAUAGAAAAAUAUUAUAAAUGCUUGUUGUUUUCUAUGAAAUCAAGUCCGUUUUAACAUUAGGAAAAAAGUGUCGACCCCUGCUAAUUUUUGGAUAGUCCAAAAUUUUUAUAAUCUGGUUGUUGAAUAUAACACGAAUGUCUGUGACACAUGGAAACACAAAGCAUGUGACAUUUUUUGAAUUUUUACGUAAAAAACUGACUUCCAUCGUACCAAUGGUGUUUAUCACCACAACUUUCCCAAUAUAAUAUUUUUCGAUUUCUUUAUUGGAAUGGGCUUCAUAUUUGAGUCUCACUAAUAAGAAAUCAUUGAUCUUAAUGUCGCAAAUUUUGGCUGGAUCUAAUGUCAAAUCACAUAGGUCUUCAUCAUCACUAUCUGAAAAUAUUUCACUUUCCUCUGACGUGUCAGAAUUAUGGAGACUAUAAGUUUUACCAUCUUCGUCUUCCGACUCAAUAACAUCAUCAUUGUUUUUAAUGUCUUCUGAGAUUAUGCUUCUUUUAACUGUUUUCGCUUUUUUGGCUCUAUUACUUUCAAUUUCGUUUUUCUCUGGAGUGUCAGUAGCAAUCAUAGUCUUGCCUUUUUUCUUCUAGUUUUAACCGAAAUUGUCAGACUUUUUUUUUGGAUAUUCACGAAUAGCUGAUGGACUUACAAAUGUCAAUUUUCUUCCACUUGUGGAUGAAGGUGACAAUUUCUGUAAUGGAGUUACGUCCUGGUUCUUGAUAGAGUUAUCUGUGGUACCUCCUGUCGAGGUAGAUGGUUUUGGAUCAAUAUUUGGUGAAUUAACUAAUGGUCGUUCUGUAACUUGGCUUGCGAAAUAAUCAUCAUCAUUACAUACGUGACGGUCAACCCACAAAUGAUGCUCCAUGGUAGAUUGUCACAGGUGUGCCCGGAUUAGCUUUUUCCCACGAACUUAAAGCAUCGUUAUAAAAUAUAUGAAACGGUUUUAGCAGACCCACAUCUAAUGGUUGCAACCGAUGGGGGCAAUGAGGAGGCACAGUCAAAACAGUGACCCCAUUAUCUUUGCACAGAAUGAUAGCUUCAAGAGAUAUAUGGCUCUCAUGGUUGUCCAUGAUUAAUAGUGAAGGGUUAGCUUUUGAACUACAAGUAUGUUUAAUGAAAUGUUUUAAAACUUCAAUAAAACAUUCUGUGUUCAUCCAUCCUGCUUUCGUAGCCAAGCCUAACGUCCCACAUGGCGCUCCUGCCAACAUAUGGCUUUUAAAAUGGACUCUCGGAAAUACCAUUACGGGUGGGAUUGCACUUCCAUUUGCACUUACUUACUUACAAUGCAUGUGGUAACAAUUGUACCUCUUUCACUGCUUUGAAUUUUAGACACUUGUCUAGUGCCUUUUUUGGCUAGCACCUUUGUCGAAUUGUUUUGAACUGUCAAAGUUCCGGUUUCGUCUAAAUUGUAAAUUCUGAAUCCAUUUGAAAAAUUUGGAUGUCGCUGCAAAACUAUUUCCAACUUAUUAAAAAAUAAGUUUACAUUUUCUUUAUUGAAUCCUGCUGCUCUUGCUAGACUACAUCCCUCUGGAGUUCUUAAGGAUAUUGUACGAUGUCUAUGGCGAAAUCCUUUAUACCAGUCGACUGAAGCUUUUUUUUUCCUCCUCCCAAUUUUUUGGAAUUUUUAAUUUAUUUGCUUUCGCUAAGUCAUAUGAAAGUUUGCGACAAUCGGUAAUUGUUAAACUGUAAAACAUUUUUGAACACGUUAUGAUAUAAUCAACGAGAGCUUCCUCUAGUUCCAAAGAAAAUAUUUGGUUUAUUUUAUAGUUAGGAGCCAUUCGGCAUUCGGGAUCAUCUCUGUAUUUCUUUACGUAUCUGCUUACGGUUUUAAAGCUUAAGUUUUUCUCUCUAGCAGCUUGACGAAUUGAUAUACCACUGAUAACUAGAUUGACUGCUUCCCUCAUAGAAUCUUCAUUGAAUCUACCCACUGUCUUAUCCGUUUUCUUCUGACGUACCAUCUGUAAUGUAAAUUCAUAAUUAACAAAAGCUUCUUAGACCCUAAUAUGAUUUUCCAGCACUCAUUUGCUGUCAAGAUUUUAUGAAAUUCACAAGAAGGGUACAGUGACACAUCGUGUCACUGUUCCCUAUCAAUAUUCGUGUCACUGUACCCACAAUGCUGUUUUAUACAAAAAUUUGUAAAUUUUUUGUUAAUCUACAAAGAUUUUAAAGAAAUUUUAUUGCUAUUACUUACAUUUUAUACGACUUUUUUACGACCCAGAACACAAUCCAAUAAUUCAGGUUUGUUUCCUCGUAGUAAACAACUAAAAACACCCUUGAAAAAAUACUUCUGCACUAACAAAACACAAACAUGCGAUUUUCUCCAAACACAACAGAUUCUGUCAACUUUUUAUAAGACAAGUAGUAUUCUUAUUAUACCAACUGUAAAAUUCCACAAUAUCACCAACUUGCUAACAUAUUUUCUACUAGGAUUUUAAAUGUGUCACUGUUCCCUGUGUGUCACUGUUCCCGCCUCUCCCCUACUGCAUAUUUUUGUUCAUUCGUGAGUGUUCUUGAGCCAUGACAUCUGCUUCCUUCCAAUUCCUCUGUGCCCCUCGAUUUUAUCUUUUAUGACAACCUGAAGGAUUCUGUACGUCUCCUCUCAGAACAUGCCUUAGGUGUAGAAUUUUUUUAUUUUAAUAGUUUUCAGCAUAUCACGAACGGCAUUUGCUUAAUUUAACACAGCGUUGUUUGUCUGCAUCACAGUCCAGAGCAUUUGGAGCACUGUUUUAUUCAACCACAUCUCAAAGGCCUCUAGGCGAUUGACCAUAUCAGCCUUCAGAGUCCAGGUAUCAGUGCCAUGUACAAAACACUGACCAAAUAUAGCAUUCGAUCAUUUUUUGACAUAGUUUUAGAUGUAAGAUGUGGUGACAGAAGGAUGAUCAUAUCGUUUCUUUUACUCGCGUUAUUUAAAUUUAAUUUUGUUGUGAGUUUACGUUUUGUAUUUGUGUAUUUUGUUUUAGUUUUACUCAUUGUAUGCAAAAGUUCUUUUAAGAACACUGUUAAAAUUAACAACUGUAAAAGUGAGCAAAUAAUUGUAAAAUAAAAAAGUAGAUAUACCC